AUGGAUGUCAAAUCUGCUUUCCUCAAUGGACCACUCGAAGAAGAGGUACAUACUCUAUUGAUCUGUCUUUAUGUUGAUGAUCUUCUGAUCACUAAGAGCUCCACACGAGAAAUCGAAUGCUUCAAAUUGAAAAUGAUGGAAGAACUGGAGAUGACGGAUCUUGGCAGUUUAGGAUAUUUCCUUGGUCUGGAGUUUGUACAAACCAAAGAUGGUCUACAUCUGAACCAGAGGAAAUACAUCCUGGAGACUUUGGAAAGAUUCAACCUAAAGGAUUGCAACAGCACGUCUGUCUCUGUCAUGGCUAAUACAAAGCUAUCACUUCAACAUGAGGAAACUAAGGUUGACGCAACCUUAUUCAAACAGAUUGUUGGGACUUUUCGUUACAUUUGUAGUAGCAGACCAGACAUAAGCUUCGGAGUAGGACUCGUUAGCCGUUUCAUGCAUGAUCCCAGACAAUCACACAUUACAACAGCAAAACAUGUAGUACGAUAUUUGAAAGGUACUAUAGACUACGGUCUUUAUUUUCCCAGGAAAAUCAAUGAAACAAUUGGAGUUUUAGAGGCAUGGUGCAAUGCGGAUUGGAGCGGCGACCAAGUCGAUCGAAAAAGUACAUUCGAAUACUUGUUCAAGCUGCUAGGAGCCUCCAUUUCGUGGUGUUCGAAGAAGCAAGACGUUGUGGCACUAUCGUCGUGUGAAGCUAAGUACAUCUCGGUGGCAGAAGCAGCUUGCCAGAGUGCUUGGAUCGAAACGAUUCUCUAG